CUUAAGACAGUUCACACAUUCACAUUUUACAAAAAAAAAGGUAUACAGCAUACACAUUUCAUGCGUCAUCAGAGUAGAACUAAAUCAUUCGCAAAAUAACACUGCAACGUGGAGAACGUGGAGUUGUUCUCGCCUGCAGUCAACCGUGCAUUGUGGGGGUGUGUCAGGCACAAUGUUAAAUUGUGUUCCGAUGUUUGCACAUGUGAUCAACUAUGCCUCCACAUUGGUACCUCCUGCCUCCCCCCCUACCCUCUCUCCAUUUAGCCCCAGAUAGGAAGAUGUGUGCCUGUGAAACAUAGAAAGUUAUCAAGUAACAAAUGGAAUUAUGAUCGCACAUUUGAUUAAAAAAAAAGACUUUUGUAUACAGUAUUCGUACAUUUCAUCCGUUUAAUCAGCAGUGAGCAGUCUUUUGCACACGCACACACUUCUCAUUACACCCCUCCCCUGCUGAUCUACGUUUCAUGGAUGCCACAGUCUUUGCUUUUACGGAGGAUAAGAAGGCAAACACGCAAGAGUUGUCUGUUUUUUCCGUACUUUAUGAAACUGUCCACGCUUGCACUAACACCCUCCCCUCAAUCCCUCUCACCCAUGCUGCUAGAUAAGGUCUGGCUGACUGUUGGUUCAAUGUUAUUGGGGUGAGAGAGGCAAAGAGCUGCCGCCUUGCUGUUCCCAUCCCCCACACUGCACAGCACUGAGACAGAGAGGGGAGGAGGGAGGGAAAAGAGAGAAUGUGCAUUGCUUCUCUCUAUUGCUGCAAGGCUUCCUCCUUCUGCUGUGUGGGUUGCAUGAAUACAGAAAAAAAACAUUGCGUUUAAAAAAACACGAAAACAGUCAUACAUUUGUGGUGACUGAAGGAAAAGACAGGAUUUAUUCAAACAUGUGAGCAGACUCCAGAUAUUUGCACCAUUUCAACAAUGUGCACGAUGUGUGAUCGAUUAAAAGUUGGACAUAACUUGUAUGGACCUUAAAUAUUCCCCCCGCGUCAUGUAAGAUAUUCGCACUAUGAAAUAGUGGAGAAAAGACAAUAAGGACCGAGGAGAUCCGGUCCGUCCUUGCUUGCAGGGUGCGGUCCGGUCCGGGUUUUGCGCCCCCCGCUCGGCUCAGUAAAAUGGCUGUAUCUAACGAAGCCUCGUGUUGGUUGGGCUCGCUCCCUGCCUCUACCCGGGCUCAGUAACAUAACUCCCACAACAAUUUCUCUCGGUUUUUUACGCAUUGUAUGGAGCGCCAGCCAGCUCUCUAACCCACUCACGGAACCGGAACCAAGGGGUGGCAGCCGGAUUCGGUCCGGUUCGCGGGUGGGGAUGAAUCGGCGCCGGGAUAAAUGGUUCUAAACAAUUAUUCAUGUUCCAUGCUAGCUUUUGAUUGUGACUGACUCGCCGAGAGAGGGAGAGAGGUGGGGGUAUAUCAUGGCCGCUCAGGUCGCCAGCGCCGCCACUCUGAACACAAGCCCGGCUUCCGAGCUCAAAAAGCCGGAUCGAGAGCCCAAGGAGGAUACGGUACCGGGGGAGAAGCAGUCCGACAAAAAGCAGCCGGGGUUGGAAGGGGAAUCGCCGUGCCGGGGGGAUCUGCAGGACGGCGCCGACGUUGGAAAUGCAGGAGGAGGAGGGGAGCCUGAGAUGAAGAACGGCAAUGGGAACCCGCCCAGAGCUAACAAUAAUAACCAGAAUGACACCGUUGGACCGGAGGGAAACAAUCACCCGGGUAUGGUGCACCACCACAACCCCGCUUUCCCUCCUCCGUCGUACGGAUACAGUCAGCACUACGGUCGGGCCCCUUUUCAUCAACAUGGCGGACAACAAAGCCCUGGCAUGGCAGCUGCUGCGGGUCCGGCCGUUCAGCCCGGCAACAUCAUGGACCCUUACCAACCUAAUUCGCACGACUUUUCCAACCACCAGUUUAACAGUUACAGCCCGUUCCCAAACAGGACUCCGUAUCCGGGCCAGGCGUACGCUAUGAACUCGCCUCGCAGUAGCCAGGCGCCGACAGCUGGGGGGCAGCCUGCUAAGCAGCAAACACCAGCGGGAGGACCCACGGCCAUGGCUGGAUCUUACAAUAACCAGAGAUAUAACAUUGGAAACCCGCAGCCUACAUCCACACCGACGCUCAAUAAGCUCCUGACGUCCCCGAGCUCCACCCGGGCUUAUUCCACCUACCCGUCUAGCGACUACACUAGCCAAGAGGGAGCUAGCAAGGGAGCAGCAGACAUGGGCGCUAGCGGUCAGUACGGAGGCAGCAAUCCGGCUUGGCAACAAAGAACCCAUCACCCGUCGCCCAUGAGCCCGGGUAGUGCCGGGCAACCGCUAGCUAGAAGCCAGCCACCUGCUUCCAUGGACCCAAUGGCGAAAAUGAGAGGGCAACCGUACGGUGCCAGUAGCCCGUACAGUCAGCAGUCGCAGCAAGGACCUCCCACAGGGCAGCAGGGCCCUGGAUAUCCUGGCCAAGGAUAUGGCCCACCAGGUCCUCAACGAUACCCACUUAGCAUGCAAGGACGAACUCCCGGAACCAUGGGUGGGAUGCCCUAUGGUCCACAGAUGGGGUCUUAUGGACAGCAGGGACCGGGAGGAUAUGCUUCACAGGGCCAGGGCCCAUAUUAUGGUCAGCCUGCUCAGGGUCCUCACCCAAGCCAGCAUCAAACACCCUAUUCUCAGCCCCAACCUGGACAACCAGGAGGUCAAGCACCUUACCCGGGGCAACCCCACCAGCCACCACCCUCGGCACCACACGUCCAAGGAGGAGCUCCUUAUCAGCAGCCUCAUAUUGCCCCACAGACCCAGGUUCCACCUCAAGGCCCCGCACAGCCUCAGCCACCAUAUUCCCAAGCGUCAGCCCCUCAGUCUGGCCAGUCUCCGUACCAACAGCAGGGACAAAGUGGUCAGACUCCCCAGCAGCCAAGUUCCCAGGCUCCCCCAGGAGCACAGGGACAGACCAACUACCCGACAUCGGCGCAGCCGCCUCAGCAGUCCACCUCGCAGCAGCAACAGCAGUCACAGACCACCCAGCACUCACAAGGUCAAUCUGGAGCAUACCCACAGAACCCUCAGCAGCAGCAGCAAGCACAGCAGUCACCUUAUCAACGCUUUCCUCCUGCACAACAACAGGAGCUACCACAAGACUCAUUUCAGUCCAAUGCUCCACCAUCAUCACAGCAAAAAGGUGGUCCAGAAGACAGUCAGGGCCGUCCCUCCAGCCUUCCGGUCAGUCAUGACCUGUCGGGGUCCAUUGAUGACCUGCCUACUGGUACAGACGGUGCCCUGAGUCCUGGAGUGAGCACACCAGGUGUUUCGAGCAGCCAAGGCGAGCAGAGCAACCCGGCUCAAUCGCCCUUCUCACCUCACACGUCUCCCCACCUGCCUGGUAUCCGAGGACCAUCACCAUCCCCGGCGGGCUCCCCGGCCAGUGCCAGUACACCUCGCACUGGGCAGCUGUCACCUGCCAACAUGCCAGGCAACCAGAUGCCUCCAAGACCAUCAAGUGUGCAGUCAGAUGGUAGUCUUCACCCUGGCAUGAGCCAGUCUCCUCUGGCUCCAGACCGAGGAUUUAUGCAGAGAAACCCUCAGAUGCCCCCUUAUGGUUCCCCACAGUCAGCCUCUGCAUUGUCACCACGCCAGUCCUCGGGGGGACAAAUGCAUCCUGGGAUGGGUCCAUAUCAACAAAAUAACUCCAUGGGUGGAUAUGGACAACAGGGGGGACAAUAUGGCCCCCAGGGUUAUCCUCGCCAACCCGGCUAUGGUAACAUGCCCAAUGCCAAUUACCCUGGGACGGGCAUGGGUCCAAUGGCGGGUCAAGGUGGGGGACAACCAUACGCUGGCAUACCCCCAGGAAGGAUGCCACCAAACCAAAUGGGGGCGCGUCCAUAUGGCCCCAGCAUGGGUCCCAACAUGGGCCCUAACAUGGGCAACAUGCCAUCCCAGGUUAGCUCAGCGAUGUGCCCCCCUCCAGGCAUGAACAGGAAACCACAGGAUCCUGCGGCCAUGCAGCACCCGGCCUCCAAUUCAUUGCACAACAGGAUGUCUGGUUAUCCUAACAUGCCUCCAGGCAUGAUGGGCUCUGGACCUCCGUAUGGUCCUUCUAUGAACAGCAUGCCUGGAAUGAUGAACACCCAAGGUGGAUCCCCUUAUCCCAUGGGGCCAAACAUGGCCAACAACUCAAGUGGUAUGGCUCCUAGUCCAGAGAUGAACAAUAAAAUGAAUAACAAAGUAGAUGGAAGUGGAACACCCAAGCCGGAGCCCAAAUCAAAGAAAUCAAAUUCCUCUACGACGACCAGUGAAAUGAUAACGCGUCUUUAUGAGUUAGGACCGGAACCUGAAAGAAAGAUGUGGGUGGAUCGUUAUUUGGCUUUUAUUGAGGAGAAAGCCAUGGGCAUGACCAACCUGCCUGCAGUGGGACGCAAACCCCUUGACCUCUUCCGGCUGUAUAUAUCAGUAAAAGAUAUUGGAGGAAUGGCACAGGUGAAUAAAAACAAGAAAUGGCGAGAUUUGGCCACGUCCUUGAAUGUAGGCACAUCCAGCAGUGCUGCCAGUUCUUUGAAAAAACAGUACAUCCAGUGUUUGUAUGCCUUUGAGUGUAAAAUCGAGCGUGGUGAAGAUCCUCCUCCGGAGAUAUUUACAGAUAACAAGAAGAACCAAACCGCAAAGGUCCAGCCCCCCUCACCAGCGUCCCUCUGCUCCACAGCUGGGUCAGGCUCUCUGCAGGGCCCUCAGACUCCCCAGUCGACCAGCAGUUCUAUGGCUGAGGGUGGAGACUUAAAACCUCCAACCCCAGCCUCCACUCCUCAUAGCCAGAUGGCCCCUAUUCCACCUGGUUCCAGAAGCAGUGUUAACCUGCAGGACCCCUUUUCUGAAGGUAGCGACCCUGCUUACCCACGUAAAAACAUGACACCCAACUCUGCCUAUCAGUCUGGCAUGAGCACCCCAGAAAUGCAGGGGCGCCUGGGCCCCUAUGAACCCAACAAGGACCCGUUUAGCAACAUGAGAAAAGUCGGGGAGCAGUUUCUUCCUGCUAACCAGGGCCCCAACAGCGGGGUGGGCGACCAGCAGCAGCAACCGCCACAACAGCAACAGCAGCAGCCACCAUUCAACCGAGGACCACCCGGGGCCAUGGGCACAAUGCCACUGGGACCCAGACAACAGUAUCCUUAUGGACCAGGCUAUGACAGGAGAACUGAGCCAGGAAUGGGUCCAGAAGGCAACAUGGGAUCUGGUGCUCCCCAGCCAAACUCUAUGAUGCCUGCCAAUGCCGACACUGGGAUGUAUUCGCCGAAUCGCUUCCCGCCACAGCAACCACGACAUGAUUCCUAUGGUAAUCAGUAUCCUGGACAGGGAACGCCCCCUUCUGGCUCCUACCCUAAUCAGCAGCCUGGAAUGUACCCACAUCAACAGCAGGGCUACAAACGUCCUGUGGAAGGAGGCUACCCUCCUUCAAAACGUCAUGAGUCCGAGUACAGUGGGCCUUUCCCAGGGGGACAACCACCACCACAGCAACAACAGCAAGGCGGUGUCCCGGCACCCUCUUCGGGACAGCAAGAGCCAUACAAUCAAUAUAGCGGCAGCGGACCUUACCCGGGCUCUGACCGCCGUCCUCCUGGCCCAGGCAAUCAGUUCCCAUUUCCCUUCGGCCGUGAACGGAUGCAGGGAGCGGCCGGGCCCAAUUCUCAGGCCGCCAUGGCCCCUCAGAUGAUGCAGUCAGGCCCAGAAGGCCCUCAAGGGGGCAUGUGGCAAGGCCCACGAGACAUGAACUACCAGAACUACCAUGGCAGGCAGGGUGGCCCUGGGGGCCCGCCCCAGGGAUCGGGUUACCCUGGGAUGACUCGCUCUGAAGAGAUGAUUUCGUCAGAACAGCGCAUGAAUCAUGACAGCCAGUGGGGUGGUCAGAUGGGCCCACGGCAGCCUCCCUAUGGUCCCGCUGGGCCAGGUCAACCGAUGGCUCGUUCUGUGCAGUCCAACUACCAGCCCCCUCAGGGCGUGCAGAACCACAUUCCACAAGUGUCCAGCCCAGCCUCCAUGCCGCGCCCUAUGGAAAGUAGGACAUCGCCAAGUAAAUCCCCCUACAUGCAUGGAGUGAUGAAAAUGCAAAAGGCCGGCCCUCCUGUGCCUGCGUCACAUAUAGUGCCCACUGCAGCGCAGUCGCCCUUAAUCAGACGAGACAUGCCUUUCCCCAUUGGCUCUGUUGAAGCUUCCCAUCCCGUUCUGAAACCACGUCGCAGGCUCACCAUGAAAGAUAUCGGAACCCCAGAAGCCUGGCGAGUCAUGAUGUCAUUAAAGUCCGGUCUAUUAGCUGAAAGUACCUGGGCUUUAGAUACAAUCAACAUUCUUCUCUACGAUGAUGGCAGUAUUUCUACCUUUGAUCUCAAUACGUUGCCUGGCCUACUGGAGUUGGUUGUUGAGUAUUUCAGACGUUGCCUCAUUGAGAUCUUUGGAAUUCUGCGGGAAUAUGAGGUGGGGGACCCCGGCCAGAGAACGCUACUUGAUCCUGAUGCCUUGAAAGAACUCGUGGGUGGCAUAGAAGAAGAGGAGCCGCAUAUAGAAGAUGCUGAUCUGGAGGAAGAAGAUGAUGUGGAUGAGGAGGAACAAGGCACGGAAAGGCCACCUCAUAUAAAACAGGAGGACGAGCAUAAGGAAUGUUCCGAGUCACGAAAAAGAGAUGUGAAGGCCGGUGAUGAGCACAGACAAGAUGAGGGAUCUUCAUCCGACCAAACUGACUCAUUGGCGUCGUCAUCGGCCCAGGACAAACCCAAACAGGGCAGCAAGUUCGAUAAGUUUCCUCUAAAGUUGGUACGAAAGAGAAAUCCAUUUGUUUCUGCACAGACAAACAAUCAUGGUAAGGUGCAGGAAUUUGACAGUGGAUUGCUUCACUGGAGUGCCGGAGGAGGAGACUCAACGGAGCACAUUCAGACACAUUUUGAACCCCGUAAAGACUUUUUGGAAUGCAGACAACGAAUACCUGUGCCCCAAAGUGUGCUGAAAAGGCGAAUCCGUGAAGAUUUCCUUGAUUAUAGUUUGCCGGCAGAAGAGGAGAAAAAGAAUGAGGAUGAAGAUAGGUCAAAGGAGACAUCCUCGUCAGGGAAAGCGACUGUGUCAGAGAACAGCGCCGCCCUCACUAAUGAGGAGAACAAAUCUGAGUCAAAAACGGCUGAGCAAAGUCACCAGAAUAACAACAGACCCAUUCCGUCUGUUAUGAGUGUUGUAACGCAUCAGGUCACCGCCAUCCUGGAGGAUGAGCCUCACAGUAAAGAUGAGGGGCCACUCGUCUCACUAGCAAACUGGCAGGAUUCCUUGGCUCGGCGCUGUGUUUGCAUCUCCAAUAUCAUACGCAGCCUCUCCUUUGUUCCAGGAAAUGACCACGAGAUGUCCAAACAUCCAGGGCUGCUGCUCCUACUAGGGCGCCUCAUACUUCUCCACCACCGGCACCCUGAACGCAAACAGGCCCCGCUGACCUACGAGAAAGAUGAGGAUACGGAAGAGGGUACGGGCCAGAGGGAUGAAUGGUGGUGGGACUGCUUGGAGCUCCUGAGGGAAAACACGCUGGUCACUUUGGCAAACAUCUCGGGCCAGCUGGACUUAUCCGUCUACCCCGAGAGCAUCUGCCUGCCUCUGUUGGAUGGCCUUCUCCACUGGGCGGUCUGCCCUUCAGCUGAAGCCCAGGACCCCUUCCCCACCUUGGGUCCACACAGCGCUUUGUCCCCUCAGAGACUGGUCCUGGAGACGCUGAGCAAGCUAAGCAUCCAAGACAACAACGUGGACCUCAUCCUGGCCACCCCGCCGUUCGGUCGAUUGGAGAAGCUCUACGGGAAUCUCGUGCGGCUGGUCGGAGAGAGGAAAGUGGCUGUCUGCAGGGAGAUGGCCGUGGUUCUGCUGGCCAAUCUGGCCCAGGGUGAUACAAUGGCAGCCCGGGCCAUCGCCGUUCAGAAAGGCAGUGUGGGCAACUUGCUGGGCUUCCUGGAGGACAGUCUGGCGGCCACCCAAUUCCAGCAGAGUCAGAGUUCUUUUGUACACCUACAGGGGAUGCACUUCGAGCCCACCAGCCCGGACAUGAUGAGGCGGGCUGCCCGGGCACUGCACGCGUUAGCCAAGGUGGAUGAGAACCACUCAGAGUUCACACUACAUGAGUCCCGGCUGCUUGACCUUUCGGUGUCUCCCCUCAUGAACUCGCUGGUUUCUCACGUUAUCUGUGAUAUCCUCUUUUUGAUCGGCCAGUCCUGACAGCUGUAGGGAGCCGUGGCUCCUCUUUUCUGGGAGGGGGGGCGGGGGCGUUGUCCCCACCCUCCUUCUUCCUCGGUAUCCUGGCUUGUGUGUAACAGGGCAAGGAACGUUUAAAAGUGACUCUUAUUUAUGAAAACCUUCAGAUUCCAUUCUCUGAGCCCUCUUCAGGGCAUCCUUGCUCCUAGACUGUCGUCACAGAGCUGUGCUGGAUUACGCAACAGAGAGAAGCCACACCAAGUGACACUACUUGCGAAAUAAAUGCCAACUGGAGAGCAGAGCGCCGCCACAGUUGGGUAACUGUUCUGCAAUUGGGGGGGCGGGGGGGGAUACUUUUUAAUAAAGAUAAAUAAAUGAAUAAAUAAAUAGCUGAAAAACAAAAACUGUAACCAAAGUUGCUGUCUCGUUUACAGUGAGUUUGGGAGACGCAGUGUGCCCUAAGCACUCCCCUGGAGGGCACAAUGAGUCUGUAACUGGUUGCGUUCAGAGGUGAAGCAGACUGACAAAAGUGGCCUACUGGUUCUAGUUGCUGUAGUUGGCCUAUCACCUGGCAGCCAAACGCUGUCAAUAGACACCUUCACCGGGGAGGCCUGUGCAGUGUGCAGUAGAUUGUAGGACAUUUUCUGUACCAUACUGCUCUUAAGUGACAGUGUUCUGUUUCACAUCGAAGCGGACGAUGCAGCGCGACUCGAGUUUGGAGGUCCUUAUAGUUUGGUGUUAAACAGAAAAUGGCUUUCUUCCCCAAAGUAUCAAGAACACCCUUACCUCCUCUUAUCCCUUGAUUGUAUGAAUACCCUUAUGAAAAGAAAUCACCUCUUUGGACUGGUUUUCAACUUCAAAUACAGCUUUGCUGUGGUGUAUAUAUAUAUAUAAUGUUGUACAUUACACUUCUUUCCGUGUCUGUCUGUCUGUGUCACUAUUCUCACACGUAUUAUUGGUGAGGGAUGGAGGCUGACGGCAACCUCCACUUCCUGCUGAAUAGACCCACUCUGGUCUCCCCACAGCUCUGUAGUGCAACAGACACGGCUCCGACCUGUUGUUCCUGGUACAACACAAACUAGAUGAAGUACACAUUUGACAAUUUUUCUUCAAUCAUGGGUUCUUCAUAUUUGUAUUUCAGACUAUGUAGCUAAGACAUGUAAAUUCCCCCUUCUCCCUUUUUUGGCUCAAUGAAUAUCAUUUAUUCAGUAUGAAAUCUUUAUACUAUAUGUUCCACGUGGUCAGAAUAAAUGUACAUUAAAUCUUC